GGGUCUCCCUCUCUCUCUCUCUCUCUCUCUCUCUCUCUGGCAGGUUUGCAUAGCUGAGGGUAUAAGCCGCUGUCUAUUUUUGGAAUUCAUAGUGGCCAUUUUUUCUCUCUUGGUAUUCUCCGCCUUUGUUUUGAUUUGGGUUUUUAGACCGAUAUGUGCUGUUUUAUUGAUGCCUGAUGGAGGUUUGUCCGAGCUGUGAGCAUCGUCUCGGGACAUUAAUAGCCGUGAUCGUGUAGAUUUUCGGCUCUCAAUGGAAGACAUCUUCCUACUCGCUGCGAGCGAAGGAGCGAAGCACAUUUCGCAUCUGUAUUCCCAUCGACGAGCGAGGGACCUUUCAUAAAUGAAGGUUUGAAAAAGGCAGCAGCCCACCGGGAGACAAGCCUGUCUGCCUGUAACGCUGGGGGUUUAUAUAGUAUCAGGGAGCGACCCGUUUUCACGCCCUGGACCCGGGACAGCUUGUGCUGGCGGUGUGGAAACCGAGCAGAACGGGUGGAAAGCGCCUUCACACUUUGACCGCAUUUGCACAGCAGCGAGGGGGGGUCAAGGUGUGCUACAUGGGUUUCACAAGAAGAGUCGAUUAAUCAGAAGGUUCAACUUCCUCCAGAAGUGAAACACUUUGUUCCCCUCAAAGCUCUUUGUCUAGACCAAUCAAAGAGCUUUUCCCACUUUCCCACUGCUGUCCCCUCCACCCUUCCUGUGUCCCACUGCUAACCCUCACGCAGGCAUCAUGGGUACGGUGCUGUCGCUGUCUCCCAGCUACCGCAAGGCAGUGCUGUUUGAGGAUGGCCCGGCCACGGUAGGCCACUACACAGCAGUCCAGAAUAGCAAGAACGCCAAGGAUGCUGCCGCAGCAGCCACAAAGUCCCUCAAACGCCCCUCUAUCAUCAAUGUGUUGCCAUGGAAACGCAUCGUGGCUGUAUCCGCAAAGAGAAAGGGCUCCAAGAAGCUGCAGUCAGACGGCGGGGACGGUGUGAAAGGGAGCUCUCCGGAUGGCCACGCCACUGCCACGGCCAACUCAGCCUCCAAUAGCCUGAAGCUGAAAAAGUCUCAGUCCUGCGCUAACCUUUCAUCUUACUCCUCAAGCCAGGACCCCUCGGCCACUGCCACCACUACCUCCUCCCACCUGCCCAUCUCCAAGACCCUGGCUAACGUAGCUACUGUCGUUGCCAAAAAGAAUUCCCUCACAGGCUCCGGGAUCCAGCCGUCUACUGCAACCGGCACGCCAAAACGUGUCAUUGUCCAGGCAUCCACCAGCGAACUAAUGCGCAGCCUGGGUGAGUUCCUGUGCCGUCGGUGUUACCGACUGAAGCGUCUAUCCCCAACAGAUCCGGUGCUGUGGCUGCGCAGCGUGGAUCGUUCCCUCCUUCUACAGGGCUGGCAGGAUCAGGGCUUCAUCACUCCGGCCAAUGUGGUCUUUCUCUACAUGCUGUGCCGCGAUGUGGUCUCGUCUGAGGUGGCCUCAGAGCGCGAGCUGCAGGCCUCACUGCUCACCUGCCUCUACCUGUCCUACUCUUACAUGGGCAACGAGAUCUCCUACCCGCUGAAGCCCUUCCUGGUCGAGGCGGAGAAGGAAGCCUUCUGGGACCGCUGCCUGGAGAUCAUCAACCGCAUGAGCGGCAAGAUGCUCCAGAUCAACACCGAUCCGCACUUCUUCACCCAGGUGUUUGCUGACCUGAAGAACGAGAGCAAGAAAGAGGAGGAGAAGACCAAACUCCUCAUAGGCCUUGACCGAUAAGAGGGAGCUGGGAGGGGGGGAAGGAGAUACAUUGAAAGAUUGAUGGAGUUAAUAGGUUGAGGAAGGGUGGACUAAUGUAAUGCAGUGUAGCGAUACUGGGGAACAGUACUGUUGUCUGGCGUCUCUACUGGUUUAUCAUUAACCUAAUUUCCUGUUUCUAACCCAAAACAAAGACACAGCGUUUAAAUCAUUUGAGUUGGGUAAUGAGCCACCUAAACAUUAACAGGCUUUCAGACAGAGGUAGUAACUGCGGUGUCUCGCCUGAAGGCAGUAAUUGGCCCAUAGGGGACUUUUACCACAACAAAGCAGAUAAAAUCUGGGUUGCUGUGGUGCUGUCCAAACCAUCAGCCACAUUGUUUGACGUGAUUGGAUCUGAUAAGAUUCUUAAGACUGACAGGGUACUUGUUGGUAUCCAACGCCUGGGUCACUUGUCUCAGGUCGUGACAAUAACAAGCUUUAAGGCUUUAAGGAGAUAUGAUCAUUAGUUUUUCAAGAACAACAUAACUGACAACACAGAUGAGGGAAGCUAUGUUUUAUCAAAUGCCUGGACAGCAGGGGUCGGUGAUGUGACAUUAACAGGCUGUGAGAAAGCGAUACCUAUCAUUUUUAUCGUUUGCCUCUGGCCCAGAGACACGCAUCAGUCUGACCUGUACCUUGUUUCAGUGAGAUAAGAAAUGAAAUCUGAUAUUCCCGUUGAAGUAUUUUUGAUAAACAUAAGUUUAGAAAUGCCAGACAACACACAUUUACAAAUUAAGGGUGAAUAUUAUAAAUAUGAAGAUACAGGAUAUUGAUACAAUGAUACUGUGUGAUAGCAUCCAGGCAUUUUCGCUAUAGAGAAAUGUCAGGGUAAUGAAAAACGAGAACCACCUUGCAUGAGGUCACUUCAUAUGUCCUUGCACAUGACCACCUGCUUAUUGCCAACUCUACUUUACCUUAUUCCUAUUGUCCUGCCCAAGCUUGUUGCACUCACCAACACUGGCUGCAAGGUCCACUGUUGAAAAUUUAAGAGCAUUAAAUAACACCAUAACAUGGAUGAGCUAGAAUCAACCACAACACAGCUCGUCUGCAAACGUCUCGGACUGUGAAAUUUAAGUCGCUAUUUGGCUUAAUUGUACUGUAGUAGAUUAAUUAAUCUGCAUUUUACAUAAAGUACUGUACUUUUAGGGGAAAAUUUGGGUUUAUACAGUCAAAUCUGCUAUGAAUUGGGAGAUCAGUUAUUAAUUUUAAACAGUAAGAAAUGCUCAUUUCUUCAGCACAGAUUAAUAAUCAUUAUACAAACCCUUCUGUAAGCUGUUUACAUUUACAAAAAACAUGUGAAAAUGCAAUACUGACCCCUCCAGGGCAUAUUUUACACCGGGAAUUAUUUCAUUCCUUCCUGUUCCCCUGCACUUUCUCCUGCAGUCCAUAUUGGUGCUGUCCUGAAUGACCAUAAGAAAAUGUUUUACUGAAAGAAAGAAAGAAAGAAAGAAAGAAAGAAAGAAGAAAAGAAAGAAAGAAAGAAAGAAAGAAAGAGAUUUCUGUUUUAAAACACUGCACUCAUGUUGUUUGCUUCAUACUGUAUUAAUGAUUGGUGGAGCUGGGUCGUGGAGGACAUGUUCAGAGAGUAGAUCAUGUGCUCUGUCUCACCAAUGGCUACACACAUCAAAAUGAAAGAAAAUGUGAUUAUAUUCCAGGUGUGUGUGGCAGAUGCUACGUUAAGUGUAGAUGUGACUUUGCUUUCAAAACAACGCUUUGAUGUUGCUGUCGCCACUCGGCUCAAGGGACCUCCUCUGCUGUUUGAAGUGCCCCCUUUCUCCUCUGUCCUCCGCUCAUUACUCUUCACACCAACCCGACAAACUAAAACAACUCAGAUUCUCUCUCUCUGUCCAUCUCCUCCAGUCCGGUGUGAACCGGUCCUGUCCUGUCUGGUGCGGUCCAGUCCAAUCCAGUUGUCCCAUAUUUAGAGACUCUCUGGUCUGCUGACCUGGCUUACUUAUUCAUUGAGUUGUUUGACAUGCAUGUGUGCUUCUAUAGGUUUCCUAGCAUGCUGCUUUGUGUUGGGCACGCCGCACUACAUGUUACAGAAGAGACUGAGCGGUCGCCACGCUGAACUGCUGGAAGCUAGACUCAGUGAUGUGACAUCCAGGCGACUCGGCACAAGGACUCGCUAAUGAAGAAAAUGUGUGAAAAGCUAGUUGUGUACAUACAUCGAUAAAGGCAGGUCCAAGCAUUGGUACCUCAUCGGGAUUUUCGCUGUUCUUGGUUCCAUGGUGCUUAAGGGCCUAAAAGACCACUUUCAAGAUUAAAUAGUUCUCCCUUUCAGAAACCAGUUAUAGCCUAGGUGGGCUUCAAAAAACUCCAAAAUCCAUGCAAGUUUGGAUCAGUUUGAGUGGUUAUUUAAAGGGAAACUUUGCCGAUUUUCAACCAGCUUUGUAACAUUACAAUGUGGGUAGUAUAUGCAAAAGAACAAUGGUUAACUUCCCUCCAUGUUGCCUGCACCCAGAGCUCCCCGUUCAUUUCGCGCCAUCCGGCGGACUUUUGACAGCUCUAGGGCAGUCGUUCGAACUACAGAUUGUACUUCCGCAUUUUUUGUAUGUAUCCUGUCCAAAAUCAACUGGCUAGAACAGUGAAGCAGACCACUAGCAGAAGGCAAUGUUCCUGUAGAUAGGGAAGAAAACUAUUUUAAUAGUGUAAUGCUGGAAUCAGACAUUCAGGGCUACUUAUAUCAGCCAGAACACAGUGCGGAGGAAUUACGGUGUAUGGAAGAGGAAGAGGUUUCGAGCACCGCCAGCCGAUGAGGAUAGCGGCGAAGAGCUGCCCCGUGCCAGGGACAACUGGUGGUGCCGCUAAAUGUGCACCAAUGGAAACAGAAGUGGAGUCGCUGUGCGUUACACCAAAGCUUUGGGCCACAUAUGGACAGGGGAGUUCUUGAGACAUACUUCAGGAUCCCGAAAAGAAACUGGAAAAAACAACCAAAGCCAUCUUGGCGAAACGAACGUCUGAGCACAGAGUAAGCGCAAUAGCGACAGUGAUAUGUUACUAGCUCUGCAACAUUACAGUGUGAAAACAUACAAUACAAGUUUUUAUGAAGCACAUAACCACUGUCCCAGUUUGUUACCCGGCAGUGCUAUCAAAGUUUAGCCAGUGGGGCGAAUGGACGUCUGAGCAUAGAGUAUGGCUGUAUCAUCAAAUCAAGUGUUGCGGCGAUUAGCACAGGGUUGUGCGGGGGUGUGGGCAUGUUUAUUGUCAUUUAGAACGUAACCACGUAAUUCACUGGCUUUCUCGCUACCACCGCUCCCUCUCUUCUUUCACUCUCUAGCUUGCUCGACCACCGCUGCUCUCUCUCUCUCUCUCUCUCUCUCUCUCUCUCUCUCUCUUUCAAACAAACAAAUGGACAAUAUAUAAAAACCAAUGCAAUAGCGACAGUGUUUUGUUACUAGCAAGGCAACGUUACAGUGUGAAAACAUACAAUACACGUUUUUAUGAGGUUUAGCACAUACACUGCCCCAGUUUGUUAGCCGGCGGUGCUAUCAGAGUUUAGCCUAACGUUAGUAGCUCUGACCAGCUGUUUGUAGGAGUUUGGGAAGGUUGUGAGUGGGAGUGGCCUUGGAAGGCAAUGGGCCCAGUGCAUUCUGGUUGUUGUAGGUUUUCUACCUUUUGAGCAAAAGGGAAUAUCACAGCUCUUUUUCUCUGUUUUCUCUGGUCAUGUAGCACCAAUUGCAAAGAUAUUUGCAUCUUUCUACUGCAUAGACAGCCCAGUUUUAUGAAAAUACCAUCUUUCUAUCAGUGAAAUAUCCCUUUAAGGGGUACUCCAGGGAUUCAGUAUUGCUGUUCAAAAAAGUAGGGGGCUUUACAAGAGACAUAUUUUAAAAAGAAUGGUCAAAAUCGAAGCAGCAGAUGUCAAGAUAUCCUGACUUUUAGUUUCUUGUAUGGCUAAGCUCCAAAAAUGCUGGAUCCUAUACUUGCCAUAAUGCAAGUGGCUAGCAUCUACAUGCCCCAUUCUUUCAAACCCCAAACCUCCAGUUUGUAACACAGGCUUUCUGUUCAAACUUUUAAGUCUCAAGCCCAAACAGAGAUUGCACUGAUGACAUCAUCAGGAUUAUUUUUUCAAACUUUGGAAAGCUCCCUCCAGACCCAUUGAAGACAACUGAAUUCAAAGGAGUGCCUCAAGAGAUUCUUUGCCUUGAUGAUGUCACAUCACUAAGUCUAACCGAAGCCAACAAACUGUCUACAAUUUUAGAAAAUAUCUGCCUUCUCAAACAGGGCAGAGAUCUUGUGCCAUAUCAUUCUAAAGACUCAUUAUUUCAUACAGAAAACAACAAAACACAAAGAAACAUGAGCCAAUUAAAAGUCUGACUGAUGAACAAGAAAGACUACAAAGGAAUCAUGAAUAAGCUUUUUCACGAUGUUGCUACGUCAUGUAUCAGAGAUGUGGAUCAGAAAAGAGGAACUUUGUUCAGAUGGCAAGGACGUGUGAAGUUUCAUGUGUCACUUUGCAAAAUGUAAGCCAAAAUUGGAGUCAUCCAAAGCUGGAGCAUUCCGCAUUCUGUUAGUGAAUUUAUAAUUUGUGAAAACUGAUACUUGGCCUGCUCCUUGAUAUGAUGAUAAACUGAAAUAACAGUUCCCUAUUUACUUAAAAACAAACCAUGGGGAAUGGGAUUUUAAAAACUUGUUAACAAAUCAGAAUGUCAUGCCUGUUUCCAGACUGGGUGUCUCCACGAUGCAGGUGAUGUUUUAACUCUGGUUUAGUGUUUGGAUGAUAACUGACUGGGCUACAGUAAGUACCAUGCUGUAAAAAUAAUGUAGCCUUGAUGCAGAGUCAGACCUCAUGAGACAAAUAUGCACAUGAAGACUGAAUCCAUGGCAAACAAGCUUGUUUACACGUCCUUCCUCCGAGCUGUUUCUGAUGGGUUGAGCAGUAUACAAGUAGCAUUUCUCUGAAUGGCAUUUCCAAGACAACUGUAGAAUAAUCUUUUUUUUUUGUUUGUUAAUUUGUUGUACUUUAAACUGCAAGUAGUAGGUUUGGUGGGAAUUAUAUCCCAACAGCUUAAUGGGUAAAAGACGAUGUUCAAAGGUGGCAAAUCUGCCUUUCCAUGACAAGACAUUUGGUGAACUGAAAGAAGGCACAGUGAACAUAAAUUUGUGUUUUUCUACAAUGCAAUGAUUUGAUUAUCACCCAGAUUUAGUAGAGAACUGUUACCUGAUGUGGAUUCUUUGUGGUAAAUCUUCAGGUUUAAUUGACCGUUCGCUAAGCCUUGCCACCGUCAGUUACUGUUGCUACACCUGUCAAGAUUUCUGUUUUAACACGGCAUGCAGUUUACAAUGAUAACAUUGGCAGAUUUGUGAAGAAUGAAACAAUGGGUCUUCGAUUUCGAUUUCAGCAAUGGUUGAAUUUGCCAGCUAAAAUGAUAACUGUCCUUGGCAGAUUUCAUUAGCUGUAGCUAGCUAAUUAAGCUAAUGUUAGCUCAAUGAGUAAGCUGACUUUUUUCCAGCUGACUCUGACUUUAAAAUGAUGCUCUUAAAUAUGCACUUGAUGGCUACAUACACAAUAUCGUGCAAAAAGACUGAGGCUAAAGCUAACAGGUGCCGGGCAAAAAGUCAGUAUUCUCAUUAGUUAUGAUCCAUGUAGAAGACAUGAAAAUAAAGAAACAGUAUUGUUAGUCCUAGCAAAGCCUGGCUACAAUUUCUAGCUAAUAAGCUAGUUAGCCACUCUCACUGUUAAUUCCAUUCCUUGCACUUUUUGGUUUUGGUUUGGAAAGACUAAGAAAGAAAUGAAAAAUGUAAAUGAAAGUAAAUGGCAAGUAUCUUUAUCAUUAAUAUGUACAUCACUUCGGCAUGUAAGGAAAUCCAAAGCUUGACAGGCCUGCUGUGCCUAGUUACAGUUGCCAAGGUGAUUAAACAAACACUGUUCGAGGGAGGGAUUUAGUGAACGGGCAAUUCUACUAUUUCUAUUCAAUUUAAAUUUGACACCCAAUCCUAUAGAAAACACACACACACACACUCAAGAGUAUUAUAUUUUGAUUAUUCAAUGCCAUGUGGAUGUCAGCUUUUGACAAGCAAGAGGAGAGAUGUUUUUCUCUGUGAAACAAAAGAACUGAGGAGCAAAAAAGGUCCCUAUUUUGCUUCCAUCUGCUGCGGUCCUUCCAACUGUCCAGGGACAAUAAAAAAGAGACAAGGAAGCCAGGAAAGGAGGCGAGGAAAGGAACCUUUCUGAAUGAACCUUUUUCUAGAAUUAGAGAGAGAAGUAUGGGUUGUCUACACCUUCUCCUAUACAUGCUCUCGUCAUUGAUCAACUCGUGCCAUAUUUUAUCUUGCAACACGUACAAGACAAAAAUCCGUGUAACAUUAUGAAGCUUAUGAUAAUGAUGAUGAAGUUAUUAUGGUUUUCCUUCCUUUUCAUUUGUGAAUCAUAUUGUGUAAACAAGAAUCUUUGUUGAACAAAAGUCAAGGCUACUAGUGUUACUAGAGUGCUGAUGCUGCAGUCUGUUACUAUGUGUGUAUGAAUAUGUAUGUGAGAAAUAGGAAUAAUUUGAUUAACUGUUACAGGUACUUUAUAUAAAAAAAAACCUUUACAAG